AUGGUGGUAGAGCCCACACAGCGGCCGGAGUCCAGUGAUGACCGCGUCUUGUGCAAGCACGCCACCAUCUAGCCCACAGAGGAGGAGCUCCGUGCCCACUCGGAGUGUGCCCUCUAGCUGGUGUCUGACACAUUGGCGGAGAAGGGCAGGCGCCCAGAGCAGGAGGGCGGUGAUCGGAGCGGUGUCAACCCCUCUGCUCGGAUCCUGAGCGUGUUGCGGGUCGGCCUCCUGGCCAAAGGCCUCCUCCUUCGGGGAGACAGGACGGUGCAGAUGACCCUGCUCUGCUCCCAGUAGCUCACCCGCCUGCUGCAGAGGGUCACGGAGCAGCUGCCCAGACAGCUCCUGGGAAGACUUCUCACAGGUGAUGAUGUAGAGGUCUCCUCUGACCCUGAAGCCAACAUCAUCACCUCAUCCUGUGAGGCGCCCAGAAUACGGGUCACAGUGUCUGUCACCUCUCCCCUAAUGCCGAAGUGUCUCCAGUCACUGGCCGCCCUCCACCAUGCGAAGUGGUUCCAGGCACGAGCCAGCGGCCUACAGCCCUGAGUAACCGUCAUCAGGGUUUUUGAGGACCUCUGCCGGCAUGUGCCAACCUAUGGGGCCCUGCCAGACUGAGCCAUGGAGCUGCUGGUGGAGAAGGCUCCGAGCAGUGCCACGGGGCCCCUGAGCCCCUGGGACGCCAUGCGAGGGGUCCUGGAGUGUGUGGCCUCGGGGACACUCCUGGCAGAUGGGCCUGGGCUCCGGGAUCCCUGUGAGAGAGACCAGAUGGAUGCGCUCGAGUCCAUGCCCCUCCAGCAGGGGGAAGACAUCACAGCCAGUGCCCAGGGAGGAUGGCCAGCCCCUGCGGCUCCCCAGCCCCGGGCCAGCUCAGCCAGGAUGCACCCGGACAACACCUCUUUGCUGGUCCUGGCCGCAGCCACAGACAAAGUACAGUGA